GCCGUGUCCGGGCGGAGCGGGCGCGCAGGGCCCGGCGGCCGCGGCCAUGUGGGGCUCUGGUGACCCUGGUGGAGCCGCCGCCGCCACCAUCGUCCUGAGCGGGACCCGCGACUGCUUCCUGCACCUGCCGSCCGCGCUGGCCUCGCUCCUCCGCCUGCAGCAGGGCCAAGCUGUGAAAGUAUGCUGUGGUCAUCAGCCUAUAUUUUUGAGCUGGAUGGAAAUCAGGCAUCGAAGUCACCAGGGUGAAAAUAUUGCAGAGAUUAACAGACAUUUGGCAGAGAAACUUGGCAUCACAGAUGGAGAACAGGUAUUUCUUGAAGCCUGUUCCCACGUAUCCUCCUGUCAGCAAGUAGAAGUGGAACCACUCACAGCAGAUGAUUGGGAAAUUCUGGAACUUCAUGCUUCCUCUCUUGAAAGACAUCUUCUUGACCAAAUUCGAGUGGUGUUUCCAAGAGCCGUCUUUCCUGUCUGGGUUGAACAGCACACCCAUGUUUACAUCAGAAUCGGUACACUUGUGCCAGCAGCCCCAUAUGGGAGAUUAGAGCCAUGCACAGAGCUUCUGGUAUGUCCCAAAACACACGGACCUGAGGAGAAUAUCACCAGCACACCUUCCACAGAAAGUGACAUUCUGCUCAAAAAUUUUGUGAAAAAAAACAUGGAGCAAGAAGAAACGUUAAAGGAUCCUUUUGCAAAACAACCUUACUUAAAGCCUGGAGUCCUUGAACAGAGUAAGGCUGAUGUAAACGUGACAUUUGGCUCAAAUGUUCUCCCAAAUAUAUGGAAUUUCAUAGGGAACAUUUUCUCUAAUACAUCUGAGCAGAARCAAAAGACGUCAUGUGAUAACAAUGAAAUGAGCACCUUCAAAGACAAGCUGCUGAACUUAAUUCACGUGGAUUCCAUUUUUAGAGUAUGUCAGUCCCAGCCUCCCAGCGUAGAGAAUGUAUCCACCACUCAUGCAUUUCUGAAAUGCAAUGCUGUUCACGUCUUUCCAUGGAAUUUAGAAUAUAUUGAUUUGGAUCCAAAUCCUGUAGUAUCUUACGGGAAAAUUAAUGAGCUGCUUUCUCCGAGACAGCGUCAUCAAGAAGCAAAACAAAAUCUGCCACCUGAAAAGCAAAAUCAUUUGACUAGUACACAAGAUAAAAAUUCUUUGAAUUCUAAUAGCAGUCAAGCAUCCAGUGAGGGAUCUGUUGUUCAAAUCGUUUGGAAUGGAUUUGAAGACCUAAAGAGUGUCAUAGAGUAUGGCCACAAUGGGGAAGCCUUGCAUGUUGGAAGAGUUUGGAUUCCAGAUGAUUUGAGAAAAAAACUACGUAUCGAAAUACAUUCAACAGUCCGAAUUAAGUCAGUUGAAUCUGUUCCUAAAAUUCCUGUAUCUCUCACACUGCAUCCCAAACAGAACUUACAUGAAGAUAUACGUGAAGAUGAUGUUAAAUGUGCAUUUAGUUCUUGGCUGCAGGAUUCUACUCCUGAUGAUCACCCAUGGCUAAUGACAAGCACAGACUGCAUACRUCUGUCUGUUAAAGAAGGAAUGGAAGAGUUUGUCCUUACUGCAGCACAUCCCAUGGACACUGAAGAAAAUAAGUCUGAGAAUAUUUUUAUAUUGAGUCCCAGUUUGCUGCAAAAGACAAAUAUACAAGUUCUUUUACAUCCUGUAAGUAGAAAAGCUGAUGAUGACAGCCAGCCACCUCUACCUUAUAGAGACAAGAAUCUUCCAUACCACAAACUAAGCGAUUUAGGAGCGUGCACUGAUGCUACCCUAGGCCAUUUAACUUUUCCUUUACCCUACAGAGGGGUGGACAAAUUAGGAACAUCUUUGUUUGAACACGUAAGCCACAGUCUUCUGGGGCGUCCUUUAUCUCAAAAGCUGGCUGCUAUUGCUGUGGGACUGCGAAGUGGAGGGGUGCUUCUCACAGGAGGAAAGGGAAGUGGAAAGUCAACAUUAGCAAAGGCCAUCUGCAAAGAAGCUUUUGCUAGACUGGAUGCUCAUGUAGAAGUAAUUGAUUGUAAACCUUUAAGAGGAAAAAGAUUAGUAAACAUAAGGAAAAAUGUGGAAGAAGCUUUUUUAGAGGCAGCAUGGAGACAACCAUCCAUUMUUUUGAUGGAUGAUCUUGAUCACAUUGUCGGAGUACCUUCUACACCAGAGCAUGAGAACAGCCCUGAAACUGUUCAGAGCAAUAGACUUGCUUAUGUUUUAAAAGAUCUGAUGAAAGAAGUUAUUUCCAUGGGGAGUUUGAUUGCAKUAAUUGCCACAAGCCAGUCUGAACAUUCCCUUCAUCCUUCCCUGGUUUCAGCACAAGGAACUCACAUAUUUCAAUGCUUCAAAUGUAUCCAAUCUCCAGAUCAGAAGCAAAGAUGUGAAAUGCUGUAUUCCAUAAUAAAGAAGAAAUUGAAUUCUGAUCCAAAGGACUUCUCUGAUCUUGACCUCCAAUGUGUUGCAAAGGAAACAGAAGGUUUUGUUGCUAGAGAUUUUACUAUGCUGGUUGAUCGUGCCAUUCAUAACUGUGCUUCUAACCAGAAUGCAUUGGAUCAUGGUGAUCUGAACCUGUCUACUGUGGAUUUUCAGAAAGCUCUAAAAGAUUUUACUCCAUUAGCUCUGAGAAAUGUCAACCUUCAUAAACCUAAAGAUCUUGGCUGGGACAGGAUUGGUGGCUUAAAAGAUGUGAAGCAAAUGCUCAGGGAUACCAUCAUGUUACCUGCAAAGUAUCCAGAAUUAUUUGCAAGCYUGCCCAUACGACAGAGAUCAGGAGUUUUGCUGUAUGGAGCACCUGGAACAGGAAAAACACUGUUGGCAGGAGUGGUUGCGAGAGAGAGUGGGAUGAAUUUCAUCAGCAUCAAGGGUCCAGAGCUGCUCAGCAAAUACAUUGGAGCAAGUGAACAAGCRGUUCGAGAUAUCUUUAACAGAGCUCAGGCAGCUAAGCCUUGUAUUGUUUUCUUUGAUGAGUUUGAUUCUAUUGCUCCUCGCCGAGGUCAYGACAACACAGGAGUCACCGACCGAGUGGUUAAUCAGCUGUUGACUCAGUUAGAUGGUGUGGAAGGCUUGCAAGGGGUUUAUGUGCUAGCUGCUACCAGUCGCCCGGAUUUGAUUGACCCUGCUUUGUUAAGGCCAGGUCGACUGGAUAAGUGCCUGUACUGUCCACCUCCUGAUCAGAAUUCACGCUAUGAAAUCUUAAAGGCUCUCAGUCAUUCCCUAUCGUUGGCAAACGAUGUGGACUUUCAGGAUUUGGCAGCAAAAACAGAACAGUUCACAGGAGCUGACCURAAAGCUUUGCUAUACAAUGCCCAAUUAGAGGCAAUCCAUACUAAUUUAAAUUUAAGUUUAACACAGGAUUUUGGAUCUAGUUCUGAUAGUGACUUCAGUCUCUCUUCCAUGGUUUUUCUAAACCACAGCAGUGGCUCAGACGAUUCAGCAAUAGAUGGAGAAGCAGGGUUAGAGCAAUCUCUUAUUUCUUUAGACAUUUCUGACUUGCUUCCUGAAGAUCCAAGGUCUAACAUGUAUCGUAUUUAUUUCGGAAGCUCUUAUGAGUCAGAGCUGGGAAAUGGAACUCCUUCAGAACUGAGCUCUCUGUGUUUGUCCGGUCCAAACUCCAUGAGUUACGACUUUACCAGCAUUACUCAGAGAGAUGUUGCAUCCUCACAACCUGCAAUGCUUAGAGCAGCUUCUCAAGAAGGCUCCCUGGAGAACCAGGAGCAGCAAGCAGAGCACCUGAAGACAGAAAUGAAGGCCAAUUACAGAAGCAAGAAUGGRGAGGACAGCACCCUUAAUCAGUCAGUGCUUCCCAAGACCACYUUAACUAUUACCCAGUCUCAUCUGAUGACUGCUCUUCAGGGUAUGAGACCGUCCAUUACUCAGGAGGACUGGAAGCAUUUUACUGAACUGUAUGAUAAUUUUCAGAGUCCCAAGAAGAGGAAAGUACAGAUUGGCUCAACAUUGAAACCAGGACAAAAAAUGACUCUAGCUUAGUAACUUGCAACUCUUGCUUGAAAUUGCUAAGGUGUAACUGGAAAUGACAAAUGUAAUUAAAUCAGUUUAUUUAUAUUCAUAUGGAUUUAAUGAUGCAACAGUUGAAGAAAAGUUUCUUUUAAACUUACAUGCUAUAAAAUUGUGUCACAUUUUAUUUUGAAGAAAAUUGUCUUYCUUUAGAUUGAUAUUAAAUUUUUUGUGAGAACAUCAGUUA